UGUCAAAUUUUGAUUUGCAUCCAUAUGCACCUGUAGUGUAGUUAUAAGAGUGUAAAGAGUUUAGAGUUAUAUGUUUGUUUAGUGUAAAUAAUAAAAAUGUCUGAUUGGGAUGAAAUUAAGCGUCUAGCAGAAGAUUUGCAAAGGGUACAAUUGACGACAAGCGCUCAGAAGCUGUCUGAACAAAAUUGUGUAGAAAUAGUUAAUUUGCUACUUCAAAAUAAGUCCAUUGAAUUACUUUUUACUGAUGACGGAAAGGAAUAUCUUACCCCACAACAGCUCUCUAGUGAAAUUAAGGAUGAGUUAUAUAUUAGAGGUGGACGCGCUAACGUAGUCGAUUUAGCUAAGGCAUUAAAUGUAGAUUUAAAUCAAGUUACACAUAAAGUCAACGACUUGGUACGGUCGUCCAAGGAGCUACAUUUCGUACUCGGCCAACUUAUAGAUUCUACUUAUCGCAGUAGAGUUGCUUAUGAAAUCAAUGUGAAAUUGCGAAAUUUUGGGCAAGUUACCAUAGCUGAUUUAUCGUUGCAAUAUGAUUUACCAUCGGAUUAUAUAUUACAUAAUAUUGUCGAAAAAGAAAUAGGGAAAACAAUCCAAGCUGAACAAGAUGAUAAAGAUCCUAGGAUUUUGCAAACACCUGCCUAUAUUUAUAGAUGCAAAGCAAAAAUAAGGGGAGCUAUUACAGCUUUGAGCAUACCUACUCCAGUAGCAACAAUUUGUCUAUAUGAUGUUUCUGAGCAUAUUUUGCAUUCUUCUAUUAAUCAACCUUGGUUUUGUGGUACUUUAACUAGCAAACAGCCUGGUGCUCUAUUUAUUCCAAAUGUUUAUUCCAAGUCACAAGCGGAAUGGAUUAAUAAUUUCUUGAAACAAAAUAAUUAUUUGGAAUAUGACAGCUUAAUCAGAUGGGGUAUAAUGGAUCCUAAAUCAUAUAUAGAACGCACAUUUAGCCAACAGUCAUUUAUGUUCCUAAAAUCAUGUGCAUUAGGCUCUGUCUAUAUAAGCAUGUUGGAAGCAUCUAUUGAUGAAUGUAUUUCUAGCAAGAGUUACAUUGACAUAGCAACUAUUCUUCCAACUAUUGUUUCUUCUUCUGAAAUAGAAGAAUGUUUAGUACAGCUUAUGAAAAACAAAGAUAAAAAUCUAUCUUUAUUUGAGACUACAGUAUUCAGUUCAUCAUACAUAGAAAAUCUGUCUACUAAUUGUAAAGUAGAAGCUGAGGCCAAGGCAAAAUCUUUUGUUGAAAAUGGCCAUUACCAAAAAUAUAUUGCAGAAAAACAACUUGCUUUGAAGAAAACGGACUCAAACUUUGAUUUCAUUGAUGCUAAAAGUGAAAAGAGAGAAGAACGUCGCCGAAAAGCUGCUGGUGGCAAAACUGGUGGUGGCACACAAGGCCGGGAAACAAAAACUAAGUCUACUAAAAAACAUGUGCGAAACAAGAAAGGGCAAAACGAUUCGGAUGAUGAAGUGGCUGAUACCGUAUCAACAAAUGCUGAUGUACUGGAAUUGGUUUCUUUAAAUGACAUUGAGGAAAUUUUAAAUAAAAUAUUGAAAGAGGAAGGCUUGGAUGAUUUAAGUGCAUCAAUUGCUGAGCAUUUAUAUCCAAUCAUUAACAAAUAUGCUUUAGAGUAUGCACAAACAUUCUAUGAGUCAAAAAUGCAAUCAAAUACAUCAAAUAGACGUCAAAAUCAUAUUGCUCUGCAAGACAAAUUAAAUAACAUGUUGAAUGAUAUAAGGUUGUAUGAAAAAGGAAUAAAGAACUUUAGUCCUGACACUCAAGCCCAAUUAAAGAAAUACUUGUUAAAAUCGCUUUGUAACGAUAUAACGAAUUUAUUAACAAACUAUUUUGCUCAAGAAAGUGGAUUACAGGAUUUUGAUACAAAUAUUACAACUGAACAACGUGCUAAAAUUGUUAAUGAAUUAUCAAAUGAUUUUAAAUCAGUACUAUCAAAAAAUAUUACGACUUUAUCAGGAGCUAGUAUUGAAGAAUUCUUAGAAACUGCAGAGGCUUGUUUAUCAGUUGCUGGCGUAACAUUAAAAAAGAUUGAUAAGAAAAAAGAUAGAACUAUUAUCUUAUGUCACAAACAUGGUUUAUUAGAUCAGUUGUCGAAUUCCUCUGAUCCAGCAGUUGUUCUGCAUUUAACUUGCCUGGCAUUAUAUACAAUUAUUACACAAACAAUGUUGCAUGCUUCAGGAAAAUUUAUAAAUGAUAUAGUCAAGUUAUUACAAUCUCAUUUACCUGUUGAGAUUUAUAAAAAGAUAACAGAUUAUCAACUUUUAGUAAUGAAGUAUUUAAAUACUGAGGCAGAAAGUGAAGAACGCAAAGAUAUUCUUGAAGAGUUAAUGAGUGGUAUCGAAGACAUUAAAGGUGUUGCAGCUAAUUUUAAGAAGCAAUCACAGAGUCAAGAUGAAUAAGUUAUUUAUUGGUUAAUAAUUUAAAUUUGGUUUAUGAAGUGUUAAUUUUGUUAUUAGGCAUUGAAUAUCAGAGUACUUUUAUAAAAUGAAUAUGAAAAUAUUUAUAUAUAUUUAAUAAUACUGAUUUAUAUAUAUUUAUAUCAAAACAAUUUCUUAAAGAAAUAUAUUUUAAU